AUGACAAACAACAAUGUUGUCACUCUUAGCUGGCUACUGUCCCAAGACUUACCUCAAGCAUACAUCUUCACUGAGAGACCAUCGACAUUCAACCGCAAAGCAACCUUCAUCAAUGACAAGAAAUAUGUUAUUCAUGACUACUCACCAGAUAUCACGAGUGACAGCAGGCACCUUAAGGCCAUGAGAGCCUGCCCUGUGGCAGGAAGCAAGUUCCCCAUUUUGGUUACUCGGGACAUAAACCCACUUAUAAGAGAGGUGAGCUUUAAUUUGUUUAUUACAUAAAAGUAUUAUUGAUAAUCCUAAAAAUCUUAGAGAGAGUUAGCUGACGUGAUUGUUGUGCCUGGGAUAUACUUUCUUGGCGGUGGAGUAGCCACACAAUGCAAAGCAAGUGGCGACGCCACAAGGCUCCACUGCCAAAAAAUUGCAGCUCUUGCCCACAUUCUGCUAGCUAUGCAGGCUAAGAGAGAGAUGCCUGGAGAAAAAUUCCAAGUUUCUUGAGACCUCUUGCCUUCUAUAACCACUCUUGGAUCGGAAAGUAGCGUCCUAUUGUCAGGCUGCANGGGGGGUGCGCCCCCCCCCCCCCCCUGAGAUGACCUGCGGUUUUCUAAUACAACUAGCGGUAUUCUGCAAAAAACUAUGUGGUUUAUUGGUGUUGAAGUAGAGCAAGAGACGAGUGCACCCCCUCCUAAAAAAAAUCCUGCAUCCGCCCCUGGGCUGUGUCAUAAAGGAAAGUUGUUCAGGAAUGAAAGAAGGGUCGCCCUCCCAGGCGAGUAAACUUUAGUGUGUUUUGAGAAUAAAGUUGACCCGUUUGCCUGAGCCAGCAGCUCUGAUGCAUGCAGGCUGUGACUGUCGUCUAAAACAGGGCCAUCGAAUGCUGUGAUUGUCUCAUAGACUGAGCAAAAGUGUUAAUAUGGAGAAAAGUUGGCCUGGCCUAGGAGGGUGACCCUACCAUCAAAAAAGGUGGUUCACGCUUGUAGCUGAGCCAACUUUAUCUAAACGGUUUCCCAUGUUUUGUAAUGAAGUGUUAAAAAAUUGGCUCACCCAGGGUAGUUUAGGUAGGCAAGUGAUACUUUUACCAAGGGUAACUUUUGUGCUUAUAAAUAAACAGGGCCUUAGGCACAAUUUAGUCUCAUGUCUGGUGAUCAAAAACUAAUCACGCUCAAAGGCUAGUGUCCAAUAGUUUGGAAAGCAGAAUGGACAUUUAGAUACUUUUCUGUGCGAUUAGUUGUUGUUGUUAUUAUGAUUCGAUGUACUAAGAUUUUCCGGUCUGCAGUCAUGUGUCAAAAUUGUUACGUCAAGAACACGUCAUGAAAAUGUGCAUGUCAUUUUUUACUGAGGAUUUAUGCUUUCGUCUCGCUGAUCGUUUUAUGUAUGUUUACCGCGUUGGAUCAGUUUAAAUAUAGUUGUGUUAUUCAGGAAGGUUUGCAAAUCACUCUCUUCGUCAUCAAUUAUUCUCUCUGACACAGCUAGAGCACAUUCUUUAGGGAUUCUUACACCUGGUGAAAAAAUUUGUGUUAUAGCUGCCUUAAAACUGACCCCUUUGUUUGACUUUUGUUGUUCAUUUGUGUGUUCACACACUUUUAAUUUACUGUUCAGAAGGACUGUUCAAAUGAUCUGUUUUGUAGGUAACUGUAUGUAUUGGAGAUCACUUUAGCCCAUGUAAAUUUUCUUGAGAAUUUAUGUGGUGAAUAGUUAUAAGAAUACGUGAGGCUUUACAUUACCUUGUUGCGAUUAGUUCAAUGGAAGCUCACUUUUCAUUUUCCCACAAAACAAGAAGAAAAUAGAGGACAGUUCAAAAAUCACGUGGUCGUAAUCACGUGGUGUCAAUUUACAUUCUCUAACCUGCAGGAGCCAGAUUUUUGCGCAUGUUCCUUUUUUUGGACAUUCGCAUUUAGCCGUGGUUUAAAGUAAAGUUACCUGCUGGAAUUUGUUGUUGUUUUCAGAUCAAAAACAAAAGGUUCCAGCGGAAAAAUGUGCAGUGACGGCUUUUUUCAUAUCGAUUCUGUAGAGCGUUUUCAGUCGCGUUUCCAGCAGCUAUGCAAAUAUAGACCAUUUUACAGUUGUGGGCGUAGUAUCCUAGCCUUUGAGUGAACGUGAGGCUGAGUUUGACCUUGUUUUGAUACAAACCUCUUUCUUCGCUUAUGGAAACUUUGCUGAAAAAAUAAUAGUUUUUAGCAUAACGACAACAUGAUUUACAUAAUAAAGCUGGAAGGGUUGUAUCAAAACAAGGUCAACUCCAGUCUCGUUUGCACCUGUAACUGUAAAAUAGGCUAUUGGUCAAGAAUAGACCUUGUCACGGUUUUCGAUGCCAUCUUGGCGAGUAGGCAAACGCGUGAGAAAUUACAGUGUUUGUAUGAGAAUCUGAUGUCGAAUAAUUUCCGUAGAAUGGCGGUUCUGAAAAAAAUAUGAAUUGUAAACUAAAGCUUCACCCCUAAGGAAUCUACUGAAAAAAAAUGAGGGCGUUAGAUGCGCUAGAAGACUUAGAACCACUUUUUAAAAUUUUCUUUACGUUUGUCUGUAAGAAAGUCCCGGGAAAAAUUAGAGACAAAUAUAUGGAAAAUCUAAAGCAAGCCUCUGGAGAAAUUUAAGCACAAGUACGUCCAAAAAAAGUUUUAAGUACAAUCCUUUGUUUUGUAGCUUUAGUUUACAAGUCAUAGUUUUUUCAGAACAGCCGUUUUUGGAAAUCAUUCGACAUUAGAUUCUCAUACAAACACUAUAAUUUCUCACAUGUUUGCCUACUCGUCAAGAUGGCGUCGAAAACCGUGACAAGGUCUAUUUUUACAUGAUGUUUCAUUCGCCAUCUUGAAUUGGUGUCCGUUUUAUUAUUUUGGAACACCAACAUGGCGGACUGGAGGUGAAGUCUUUUGUGGACGUUAAGUCUGCGUAGCUGGCAGGUUUUUGAUUUGAGUGUAUUUUUUCUUUUGUGGUUCCCAAAGUAAGAUUUAGAGCGGCGCGAAUGCUGAAGACAGGUCGAAACAGAAAACGAUGGGGGAGGGGGCGAGGGGACAAGGUCGCCUUCUGGGACUGGGAAAGGUACUUCCCUGUAAGUCUGUUAUCUUUAUCUCUUUCUGUUUUUUCUUUUUCUAGCAUUGGUCAAAGUGGCUUCCGUUUUUUCCUACGCCCGACAUAAGAAUUUUCAACCAAGAAGACACUGGGGACAAACCUUUAAUUGUGAACUUUCCGUUUCAAAGCUUUCCCGCCAAAAAGCAUGCCGUCCAUCCCGACAUUCACUACAAGCUCAGCUCCAAGGCGCGAAUCCCUGAAAUGGGAGCACCGUGCCCCCGAUACAUGUCACGUGAUAACUACACCCUCCCUUGUAUGAUAAAAGCAACUCAAGGAAAAGCAAAGCGUGGAACGUUUCUUGUGAGAACAGAGAACGAAGCAAAAAAAGCUUUUGACGAGCUCAAUAGGCACUUCUGUGAUGCGGAACUUGUCGUGACGGAGGUAAUAGAGAAUAUCUCCAAGUGUUUAAUCGUUCAAUUGUAUUUGUUUCAAGAUGGACAAGUCCACUGGCUGGGAGUGAAAUGUAAGUCAAACAUGCCGUUUGCCAAGCGACCUUCGGGUUUCGUCCCAAAGCCCGACGUAAAUUGGAACGAGCAGGCGGAGCUUAAAGAACAGUUGCAUGACGUGGUGUCACCCGUCACGCAAUACCUUCAUCGGAACGGCUAUUUUGGAUUCACGGGUGUCGAAAUGUUAGUCAACGGUGAAGGUUGUUUUGUUAUUGAUGUGAAUCUUAAAAUUUCGUCCUCGACAAAUCUUUUGUUGAUCGCUCCUCAUAUGGCGGCGCUGGGCUAUCCUAUCUCGUACGUCACCAACGUUUUGUCCACAAACAUCAAACUUCUACUCGAAGCCAUUGACCGUCUUAAUCGUCAAGCGAAGGGAAGAGUAAUUCUCUUAGCGGAUGGAGAGCGAUCGGUAGAAUUCCAUCACAAGGCUUGUGUUGUGGUGUUUGCAAGAAACUGUGAAGAUGCUUUUUAUCUUCAAGGUGAACUCACUAGAGCUACAGCUAAUGAUUUUCCGCUUGCCGCUUCCAUGAACGGUAACCCAUAA